CUCUUGCAACGCGCGUGGCGUGCAUUUGCUGCGACGGCUGCGCGCACACACACUCACACACACACAAACACGCGUGGGGGAGGGGAGGGGGCCGGGCAGAGCCUCCAGCGCAAGGCGAUCCUCCCCGGAGCGAGCGCCAAGCGGCCCCCGGGCGCACCUCGCCAAGCGCAAAGACUCGCCGAGACGCGCCGAGCCGGGCCGUAAGCGCAUGGCCACGCCGGGAGCCGGGGCGCCCGGAGGUCCGCGGGCAGCCCUGGAAGACCCCGGCCCGCCGCCCCAGCCGCCCCCCGGGGGACCCCAACCCGCGGGGAACCCCCAGGCCCCGGGAGAGCCGCUGGCCACGGCCCCCGCGCCGCUCCCCGCCCCCCAGCCUUGCGCGGCGCCCGAGCCCAAGUUCCUGCCGCCCCAGGCGCAGCCCGCGACCCCCGCCGCCCCGCCCGGCCCGGGCCUGGAGGACUAUUCGUUCCUGCCCCUGGUGCGCGACAUUAUCAAAUGCAUGAAUAAAGACAGCCAGGAGGUCCACCAGUUGCUGAACGAGCUGAGGACUAAAUUUGUGGAGACCCACAAACUGGUCAAAAGCAUCCAAGGGAUCAGCCUGAGCCCCGAACAGCAGCAGCAGCAGCUACAGAACCUCCGGGAACAAGUCAAAACCAAGAACAAACUCCUGCAGAAAUAUAAGACUCUGUGCAUGUUUGAAAUCCCCAAGGAAUAACGGAGGAGACAUCCGGCAGUCCCUCUGAAGUGACCUUGGCCAGGCAUGGGCCCUUUAAGGGGCGUGGACUUCAACUCCCAGAAUUCUGACCGGGGCUGGGGAAUUCUGGGAGUUGAAGUCCGUGCCUCUUAAAGGGACCACAUUUGAAAUAGAAGGGGCGAUGGGCUUGAAACAGAACGUCAUGGAUGUUCUGGUGUGCAAUUAGUGAGCUCAAUAGGAUGUGAUUGUGCAAAACUCACUUUUACCUGGUGGGAGUGGGUGGUGGUGUCUGUGGGCCGGUUCCUUUGCAAUUGGGUGGUAAAGCAAUGCGAGAGUGUGCCACUUCAUCAGAAAGAGGGUUUCACCUUGGCUGUUCCCUGCAUUAAAAGCGAGAAAAAUUCAAACCCCAAAAUCGGGAAUGAAGUUUCAGGUUUAGCUUUCUACUUGCUAAAAAGUUGAUUUAUUGCGGUUUUUAUUCCCUGCUCUUCCGAGUUAACGCUUUUCACCCCUUCAGCCCCCUGUUUGACAGCUCCCCCCUCUGUGGGUGAGAAGUGGUAUGCUCCAGGUGGAACUGUCCCACCCAGUCUUCACGUAUGGCUGAUCUCAGAAUUUUUAAAGGGGAAGGGACCACUUCAUUGAGUGGGAGGGACGGCCGGUUUGUGAAUCCCAUUUUUCUUUCUUUUUUAAAAAUUUUAAACCUUUAUUGAAAUUUGAAACAUUAAAAUACAAGUAAAUCUAAAAUGACUUUGUACAGUUCUCCAUCUUCUUUGACAGUACUAAAAAUUCUCAGUUAUAUUCAUAUAUUUCCAUACAUUUCUAAUUAUAUACAUAUACAUAUUUAUAUCUUCUUCUGAUCUAUACAUUUAUUAUUCCUACUAUCUAUCCAUUGAUACCAGUUAUCCCAAAUUGAAUACUAUUCCGAGUCUUCCUUAUUGUUCAAUGAGUUUGUCCAUUUCUACGCAAUCAAAAAAAAUUUGGGAUUACUAAACAAUCUGUCGGUUAUAGUGGUCAUUUCCCAAGAUUGUGUGAGUGCAAUUCUUGCUGCUGUGGUGAUGUGUAAAAUCAAAUAUUUUAUCUUUUUAGGAUACUUUCCCUUAAUAAUCCUCAAUAGAAACAAUUCCGGCUUCAAUUUUAUUCGGCAGUGUGUAAUUUCACUUAACCAUUUUUGUAUUUUGAUCUAGUAUUUUUUAAUUUCCGGGCAAAGCCACCAUACAUGGAAAAAGGUACCUUGCGCCUGUUUAUAUUUCCAGCAAUUAGGGUUUAAAUUUGGAUACAUUUUUACAAGUCUUGUUGGGGUUAAAUGGCAACAAUAAAUGAUUCCCAUUUUUGGGGUGGGGGGGAUUUUUCUUAAUGCAGCAAAGCAGCGAGGAAGAAAAUGGGAGUAGCGUUUAAAACCUUCAGCAAUUUUUUUUUU